AUGGCCGCAAAAUUUGAGCCCAAAACGCCAGUGCAGCUGGAUCCGCCUAAAGAUGACCCUAUCUCUCUAGAAGAGCUCGCCAAGGCAGAUGGCAAAGCCGGAGGCAAAUGCUACGUUGCCAUUAAGGGCAAGGUAUAUGAUGUGACUGGCAACAAGGCCUACCAACCUGGUGGUUCAUACAACGUGUUCGCUGGAAAGGAUGCAUCGCGAGCACUAGGGAAGACCUCGACCAAACCAGAGGAUGUUCGGUCUGACUGGAAGGAUCUGGGUGACAAGGAAAAGUCGACGUUGAAUGACUGGGUGACGUUCUUCUCGAAGCGUUACAAUGUUGUCGGCGUUGUCGAGGGAGCCACGAAUUUAGAAUGA